AGAUGCAGCCCUGUUGUCUCAUUGCUCUGCAUCAGCACAUCCAGUCCACAGCUUUACCUGGAGCAUCCCUGAAAUCUCCACUAGCAUUCAAAGGGAUGGGCCCUCACUUGUACACGGACAGACUUAUGGUCAAAUUCAAACUGAAAAAGCACAGACGUGAUAAAGAUGUAACAUGAGGACUCUGGUGCUGCUAGUUUUGGGGUUAUGUUUAUUUAACAUCACAUUUUGUUUGAAAAUAUGUGCUUUCAACGUCCAGAGCUUUGGAGAGGCCAAGGUGCACAACAAGAAGGUCAUUAGCAUCUUACUCAAGAUCCUCUCUCGUUGUGACCUGAGUUUGAUCCAGGAGGUCAGAGACUCAAAGGGAGAAGCAAUACAAGCUCUGGUUAAAAGCCUGAACAGAUAUGACAAGUCCAACUCCUACACGUAUUUACAAAGUGAGCGUCUUGGGAAGAAAACCUAUAAAGAGCAGUACGUCUACAUUUACAGAGAUAAUGUGCUGAAGCUCAAGGAUCAUUAUCAGUAUCCCAAACAGGAACAGGGCCGGACCAAUGAGACAGAGGUGUUUUCCAGGGAACCUUUCAUCGCCCGAUUUCACUCGCCAACAACAUUGAUGAAAGACUUGAUUCUGAUUGGUCAACACACCUGUCCCAAAAAUGCCAUGAAAGAGAUUGAUGAGCUGUACACAGUAUUCAAAGGCAUUUACAAGAAAUGGAAAACUGAAAAUGUAAUGAUUUUGGGCGACCUGAAUGCUGCUUGUCACUACGUCACACAGAAGGGCUGGAGGAGCGUGCGGCUGAGAGGCGACCCCAGGUUCCAGUGGCUCAUCGGAGAUGACCAGGACACCACUGUGAGAGAGAAGACACACUGCGCCUACGACCGGAUCAUUGUCCACGGUCGAGAGAUCAUUUCUAGCAUCAUCCCAGGUUCAGCUCAACCGUUCAACUUCAAAGAAAACUUUCAUCUCACUGAGGAGGAGGCUCUUGAAGUGAGCGAUCAUUUCCCUGUGGAGGUGGAGCUGAAGCCAAAUCAUCGCUACCUGCUUCGCCACGAGCUGUGAACCAAAAAUCACCAGACAAGACUGUUUAAUAAAGACUAAUUUAUUUAUUAGCAUUGUAUGUAUUAUGGUAUGGUAUUAUUAUUAAUGCUGAUUAUAUAUUAAUUUAAAUGACACAGUCCACAAAACAAGUGUCAACUGUCUUAAAUUGUUUUCUAGUUACUACUGACAAGCUGUCAGUAUAGAGCAAGAAUGAAAUAAAUGUCAGAAAUAACUCAGCAGUAACAAAAUGGGGAGACAUUUAGACAGACAAAUACACUCAGCUUUAAUACUCAAAAGACAUGUAUAUGCAGACAAAGGUUGAAUGACACCCAAAUACUAAUAAAUACUCAAACAAGUAAUAAAGCCAGAAAUACUAUGAAUGUCAUAUGAAGAAGUAGUUGAAGUUGAAUCUUUCUUGAAUAGUUUUUGAAUGGUCUAUUUCAAAGCUCAUCUAGGACCACAUAUUAAUAUAAUAUAUUUGAAAAUCUAGCACAACUUUAUUUUACAAUUACAUAAAUUUCUCUUCAAAUGUUUUUAUUUUUUAUUUUUUUAUGAUCACAGUGGUAUUGACUCUUUUCCUCAGUAUAUUUUACAGGCUCUCCUCUUUUGGCUGGCCAGGCCACAUAAUUUAGAGCAUUAACUGUUUUUAUGUAUGUAUAUACAUUUUAGCAGAUGUCUUUAUUUUAUAUUUUUUGCUCAUCUUUUAAUUUACAGACCUGCACGCUUACAUAAAACCUUGAAGUCCACUUAAUGGUAGCUUAAACUGAAGAACAUAUGACAUUACACCUUAAUGCACUCAAAUACAGUAUUUGUGCAGAAUGUGCAAGUGUGAAUGAGGUCAUUUAACGCUGGUUAUACAGCAAGCAGAAUUAUACAAUAUUAGACUAUAGGUUUUCCACUCAGUGACCUCCAUCCUAUAAUGCAUGAGACAAUACAACAUUUUAAAACAGUCUGCAUUUCAAGAGCGGUGACUUGAUCUGGUGCAGCCUUCAUUCAACAGGAAGUGCCUCCGACAGCUCAGUUUGUUUGUGGUCUCUUCUUUUCAGAGAUAAAUACUUGAGUGAAGGUUAUGUUUAUUUCAGCAAAUAUUAUUUACUGUUGAUUUUUAAACAUGGACAAAAGCAUUGCUGAUCUACUCAGUGAUGCAUUUACAGAGAGACAGACAAAGGUCCAGUUUUGUUUGGAAACAUUGUCCCAUGUGAUCCAUUAUGACACAGACAGCAGCAGAGAAUUAAGCAGUUCUUCAGACGAG